AUGGCGGCUCCCACAAAGAUAGCGGCAUUUCGCCUGCCUCCCCUGCCCACCAUUGGGGAGGUAAUCAAACUGUACAACCUGCGAGCAGAGAAACAGCUGUCCCAGAACUUUCUACUGGACAUGAGGCUCACAGGUGAGUCAGCCUCCUCUUCCUUUAGCUGCAAUGCACCAACACCUGGUACACUUUGUCUUCUACACAAUGAGGACACAAUGGGGUUUUUUCUUCCCCCUGUUCACAACACAUUCAGUGUACUGGACUGAAGUGCCCACAUAGGCUUGUCCACUAGCAGCAGACACUACUGAUGUGAUUAUAUCAGUGAUGCAGUGCUGCAGAUCUGAUCUGAUGCCCUUGAACAAGGUUUCUGUUUUUAGAUAAAAGCAUUAAAGAAGCAUAGCCAGCUUUGCCAAGGAGAGAUAGGAGCCAGGCGUAUGCUAAAAUACAAUGCCACUGCCAACCUUUAUUUAGCAUGCAAGUCAUAUACAUAUGGAAGACACUAUUCUUGAAUGUCAAAAUGUCAUAAUAAAAGAUGCAUGUAACAUCAACUAGAUAGUGCAUUGAUACAGGUAACUGCCAAAAUAAAGGAAACGCCAACAUAAAGUGAUUUAAUAGGGAGUUGGGCCACCAGAACAGCUUAGGGCCUAAUUAUAAUUAAAUCGAUUGUAUUUUUUGCCCUGAUUCUGUUUAAUUUAUUUUAAUCCGUUUUCUCUUUUAUGUUGUUUUUCCAGGUUUCAGUUUUCCAAGUUCUUUCAGGUUAUCGUUUUCAAAAUCAGACUUUUAAAAAAUAGAAAAAUAACAAAAUGUUAUGUUUUAAGUCCACAACAAUGAUUAAACCACAUCAGGAGACCACUUUUGAGGUCUGGGAAAAGUCUAAGAAAUGUUGAUUUUUGGGUGUAGGCCUAGUUACCCUUUAAUGCAGGUGCGCACCAGCAAGAGCGGGUUGUUUGGUUAGCGAUGUUUCUGUAGCGCUCGUGAUUGCAGAGUUUGCAAAACAAAUGGCCAGUGGAUUAUAGUAGUUCACAUUUCAUUUAGAUGUUUUUUUGGGAAAGCCUUUCCAUCUCUACCAGAAGAAGGUUAUCAUUAGCAUCAUUGCUAAUGGCUACACAAAGUGUAGAGAUAUGCGCGCACUGCACACAGACGGGCAUUCCUCUGUCGUUUCAGAAAGUUGCAGGAAAAUACAAAUCUGAUGCAUUUUAUUCAUGUCUUAUUAUUAACUUGGAAAAAUUUAUGAAUUUUCUGAAGUUCAAUGCAUUAAGUUGAUUUCCUACUAAGGUCAAUACAUUUAUUUAUAUUGUUGAAUUCCGUUUUGAUGUCUGGAUUCCGUGAUUCCGUCCACGUUCUCCUUUUAUAGGACCCUAAAUGCGCUUUGGCAUAGAUUCUACACGUGUCUUGGAACUCUAUUGCAGGGAUGUGACACGAAAAAUUCCAUAAUUUGGUGUUUUGUUGAUGGUGGUGGAAAACGCUGUCUCAGGUGCCGCUCCAGAAUCUCCCACAAGUGUUCAAUUGGGUUGAGAUCUGGUGACUGACACACACACGCACACACAAACACACACACACACACUUUAAACCCACCAUGCUCCUUUGAGACCCCUCUUUCAAAGUCACUGAGAUCUCUUCUUUUAGCCAUGGUAGCCAAAAGAAUGGGCAACUGGACAUUUUUAAAUAUGACCCUAAGCAUGAUGGGAUGUUAAUUGCUUAAUAUACUCAGUAACCACACCCGUGUGGAAGCACCUGCUUUCAAUAUAGUUUGUAUCCCUAAUUUACUCAAGUGUUUCCUGUAUUUUGGCAGUUACAUGUACAUUGUUCACUUUACUAUAUCCAACCCAUUCCAAUGUGAGUAAGUAGUACACCAUGGUCACUGUGUUUUACUAUAUCCAACCCAUUCCAAUGUGAGUAAGUAGUACACCCUGGUCACUGUGUUUUCCUAUAUCCAACCCAUUCCAAUGUGAGUAAGUAGUACACCCUGGUCACUGUGUUUUACUAUAUCCAACCCAUUCCAAUGUGAGUAAGUAGUACACCCUGGUCACUGUGUUUUACUAUAUCCAACCCAUUCCAAUGUGAGUAAGUAGUACACCCUGGUCACUGUGUUUUCCUAUAUCCAACCCAUUCCAAUGUGAGUAAGUAGUACACCCUGGUCACUGUGUUUUCCUAUAUCCAACCCAUUCCAAUGUGAGUAAGUAGUACACCCUGGUCACUGUGUUUUCCUAUAUCCAACCCAUUCCAAUGUGAGUAAGUAGUACACCCUGGUCACUGUGUUUUCCUAUAUCCAACCCAUUCCAAUGUGAGUAAGUAGUACACCCUGGUCACUGUGUUUUCUGAACUGUGUAGAUAAGAUUGUGCGCCAGGCAGGCAGUCUGAGGGACACCCAUGUGUGUGAGGUGGGUCCUGGACCUGGAGGGCUGACCCGCUCCAUCCUCAACGCUGGGGCUGCAGACCUGCUGGUGGUGGAGAAGGACAAUCGCUUUAUACCUGGACUAAAGGUACCUAAUAGGAGAACAUGCAGGAAGGGGUUGUCUUUCAAAGAAUUGCCCAAAUUGGAAACAGUAAAGUAGUUUAAAUUCUCAAGUACCUGUAAGAUGCUAUGUCCGUUUCCACAGCUCUUGUCUGAAGCAGCACCAGGGAAGCUCAGGGUUGUCCAUGGUGACAUACUCUCAUACAGAAUGGACAGAGGAUUCCCAGAAGUCAUAACCAAGGCAUGGGAGGAUGGUGAGUGAGAGGAAAAAGUUGACUUAGUAUUGAGGUAGAUUUGUCACUUGCCUGAUUGAUGGAAGUACCUACUAGAUUACUUUAUGUCUGGAACAAACUACAUUGAUUUUGUGCAAAGUUUUGCAACACGCAACAGUGUGAUCUACUUCAACUGUCCCUCCUCAGAUCCACCAGACCUGCAUAUCAUAGGGAACCUUCCCUUCAGUGUGUCCACACCUCUCAUCAUCAAGUGGCUGGAGAACAUAUCCAACAGAACUGGACCCUUUGUUUACGGCCGGACCAGACUCACCCUUACCUUCCAGAAAGAGGUGGCAGAAGUAUGUGUGCUGUUCAGUACUGUUUAUUCUCACUCAGUCGUUUUUUCCUGAAUCAGGAACUGCUUUUCCGUUUGUAUUAUUAAGCCUUGAUCUACUUAUCAGGGCUAUAUAUUAUACAGACCAAAUAUGUUGGGUUCCCCUCUCCAGAGGUUGACAGCCAGCACAACCAGCAGACAGAGGAGUCGUCUGUCCAUCAUGGCCCAGUACCUCUGUACUGUAAAGAGCUGCUUCACCAUCCCUGGACGGGCCUUCAGCCCCAAACCUGAG